UAGGACCUUAGCAACGACCAGGCUAUAGCCGAGAUACGGUGUGUAACGGUGCCCCGAACUAUUGUGGGUUAGGUUCUCAGAUGUUGGAAACAUGACAUCUAUCCAACUCUUCCCAAAUGCAGAACACACCCCCGGAGUCCCAAAGGAAUGGGGGUCGGGCAAGUUCAAGGAGGACGUAAAUGUAUACAUCCCGGGGCCCCCUACCUGGCAAUACAAAGGGGAGCCGAUUGAUCAAUUCUACACCCUCACAAAGCUAAAACUCAGUAACGUCAGGAGCAAUGAUGCUUUACUUUCAAAACCACAGGAAGCUCCUAUGGGAGAAAUUCUCAUCAACAAGGAUUUUCCUGCAGAACAUCCUUACAGCUCCCACAUGCCUAGGUACUCGCUCUUCCCCAAGUUUGAUUCCCCCGAGGAUCCAAAGAAGGGAGUGGCUGCCAGAAAAGUGCAGCCAAUCAAUGCUGAGAUGCCAGCAACAGCUCACGAUGUCACCAUUGUCCACAAAACAAAAGGGCAUGGAUUCCGACAGGAGGUUGAAACGAUUCCAAAGGCAUCGGAGAAGAGAGCUUUGGAAUGGUCGGGAGAAAAUGGAUUUAAUCAGCUUGUGAAGACUCAUGGUGGAAAGCAGCAGUUUUUUCCAAUCCCACCCAAGACUGUGGCACCCAAUCUCCAGGACCGUCCUAUGGAAAUGAAGGUGUCUGACCGUACUGCCAACGCUUUACGCAAUGUGGAGCGCAACCAGUGGCACACAACUUAUGACCUCAAUCACACGGGGCUUGGCCCGGCCAACCCGCUCAAGCUUGACAACUUCAAUGACAAAUGUGCCAAGUAUGAGGCUACCGGACUCGAGGAUGACUUACUGUACCCUCGAUCAAUAAACACAAUUGACCCUCCACGACCUUUUGAGGGCCGCAUAUCAAAGAUGUUGAUCCCCAAACCACCAAACCAGAAACCUGACAAGUCCGGAGACCAGAAUGCAGGAUAUGUAAGGAUGCAGACUCUCCAUGAGAAGGAGGAGGACCGUCUGUGGAACGGUAAAAAGUAUGUGAGUUGGCCCGACACAGGUAAAACUUCCACAAAGCAACACAAGACCCUGCGAUGGAAUGAACUUAACAAUGAGGCCCACCCAGAGGUCAAUAUUGACAAACUGAACGACGUGACAGACGGGGAGUUCCCAGGUGACAUCCCGUACAAGCCCACGAUAGGUAUGCCCGACAGGACAGAGGAGGAUUACCUCACCUCAACCAAAGUCAGGCAGGACAUGGACUUCCAGCAGAUGGAGGCACAAAACCGCUUCAAGGUUCUUGAGGCACAGUCUCCUGGGCACGAACUGACAGCUCUGAACUGUAAGUACCAGCACGUGACCGACACAGAAAAGCCUCGUACAUUCUAUAGUCAUGAAGGAAAGUACAACGAGGAGCGCGCUGGAAUGUACCAUACCAGUUACCUUCCAGAGCGCCUCACCAACAGUAUGAGCGGACAGGAGCGAAGUCCGCCAGAAAUAAUGAAUACCAUGCAUUCUCACGUUGACGCUUUAAAUCUACCGACAAAGCUGAACAGAGAUAUGAAAGACGCUCUGAGGUAUAGCCGCAGCCUGAACACCAGUACGGCCAAUCUGACUGGAGACAUGCGCGAAGCCCACGAGGUCUUGACCCCAUUACAUCAUGUUAAGGAGGCACAGAAGAUGAUCCUCCAGCCGACGGAGGACACUGCGCGAGUACCUGUCCUGGAGAAGGAGACCAUUCUAAAGGAAAGUGUCACAGGCAGUAGUUACAACACACACAAGUUUCUACAGGACCAUCAGCUUCCUAGGUUUGCCCGUCAGGAACCGCUCAAUCUUAUGUCCAACGAAAAUCAAAAUUUAGCCAAUGUUCGCCUGAUAUCGGGACUUAAACCACAGAAAAGUGUAUCAUUUUCAGACAGCGUCACCGUGGCGAGCGGUGAUGAAGAUGGAAAUGUGCGUAUUAUCAGUGCUCCGUCCAGAAUGCAGCGGGGAGACGGGAAAGAAAAUAUUCCCCCCGGUAAGAUCUGUACCACACAGUAUACCAGCUCCCAGGCACUUUACAGUCCUUUUAAUGACCAAGAGACACAACCAAAACAUGAGCCCUCCAUCUUUGAACGUCAGAUGAGAGCAUUGAACGAGGAAAGAGAAAUGGAAAAACAGAGGGAGAGGGAAAUGGAAGAACAACCUGCUAUCUCCACCCGCCAACCAAGGCGCCGUGCAGCAACUUCCCUAGAUACUGAAUACCAUGAUGAAUAUAGGAGUUUGUCAUCCAACAUCGCCCCGACCAAUUUACGGCAUUCCAUGCAGUUCAGCACAGCGUAUCAGAACCAGUUCCCGACCUACCAUGACCUGACAUACAAGCAGGACCCACGCUUCAUGUGGGAGCCCGGUUUUGGCUCACCCAGACCCCAGACCAAUCUGAUCAACAUCCAGGAUCGUUUCAGCAAGUCUUCUGUCCAAAAGAAGUUCCACAAUGAGUUCUGUGAGAGUAAUCCAGAUCUUCGGCAAAACCUAAUCAAAGGGAAAAAACAUACAUUCUUUGGUAUGAAUGCCCAAAAUUUGCAUGGGUGAUGAUUUGGGCACCGACUUAAAUCAAUAGGUUUUUAAUAGGUAAUUCUUGACCAUCCAUAUCACAGGUCUUUUAUCAUGCAUUUUAACCCUUUCUCCCCCUAAGUAACUUUAGUAGACUCUACCAUGCAUUGAUUGAUCUGGAUGAGUCCAUUAUGGUCUACAGUGGUGACAGUGUUAAAUUGAACAUCAAAAUGUGUUUUUUUUUAUAUACAUUUUGUAUGAAAUUGUGACAUGCAAAGUUUUUUCUGUUCUUAUUACUGAUUAGACAGAGGUUAGAAUCUAGUGGGAUUGAUGUGUUAGCACCCCAAAUUGUACAACUUUUUCACUUCUAUUAUCCCGAAAAAUAAAUUAAUGAAUGGAGGUAGGGGUAGGUGAGUUGCUAAUAUAAAAUUUUCAGCGUAAUUCAUGCCUCCAUUACCAUGAAAUCCCACUACAAAAUAUAUUUUGAACAAUAAAUAUUGUUCUCUUUUUAACUACAGGCCUAUAAUAUGUGAUUUACAUGGACCUGUUACCAGUAUGUUAUUUCAAUGAACUUAUCAGCAUAUAGAUGUGACUUCAUUAUUGAGAGUUAGAUAUAAUCAUUGUUUUGUGUAUUGUAAAAAUUACCAAUGUCUUCACUAAAAUAUAUAGCCAUUUUUACCCCUUAUUCUAAUUCCACUUUGAUUAAAAACACUGAUUCAGUAAAACAAAGCAAGCUCCCGUGAAAUAUAUUAUCAUCUGAUACACAUAGGAAACUGUUACAAACGUAUCAGUAAUUAAAUGCUUGUUUCAAUUUCAUCUCAGAUAAAUGUAAACUUUAAUUAAUUGGUGUUUUUCUUGCCUAAUAUUCCAGUAUUUUGAUGUUUUAAAAAUAAUUGUCCCUCUAAUCAACAAUUUAAAUUAGUAUAAAUAAGUAAAUCUUUGGUUUGAUAAAAAAUAAAUAAAAAAAUUGUAGCAGCGGAUAACGCAGUAGUCUAUACCUACAUGUGAGACAUGUCACUAUUACGUUACUGGUCCCCUAUAAUCACAUAACACUAUUAAAUUAUCAUUUACACAAAGCUAAAAAAAA